UCAAGGGUGCGCCGAGGCGAGAUGAGUGUUGUUCAGGUGCAAGGGUGGGACAGGCCAAGCGGGUUCGUGUACGAGCCUAUCGAUGCAAAGACAGGCGGCUGCAGCCGACGACGGCGGCCGCGGAACGUCCUGGUCGCCUGCGCUCUUUUUUGCGCCGUCGCGCUCGGCAUUGCCACAACAGCAGUGAAGUUGUCGUCCCCACUGGACCAGUCCACCGUGCAGGGGUUGGCCAACCCCACAACCUUAGCUGCAGGAGAUGGUGGGGCGAGGUCACCCAAGCAGCAGGAGCAGCAGUACCAGCCGCGCAUGUCGUUGUCGACGAUGAACAGAGGUUCUCUCGGGGUGAGAGUAUCGAACCACUACCAGCACGUCAACACGACGCAUGGCACGACGGACUUGUCUACAUACCCGUGGGAGCACGUCGCAGAGCCGUACCAAGCAACAAGGCUGGAGCUCACAAGCGUACCGGAGGGAGUCAUAGGCGGGUCGCACAUCAAGUGA